GACCACUUAUUAGGCACGACAGCCCCAUUGUCCCGACAUGCAACAGUCGCCUCUGUGAUAUCAGAACAGCUCAAACUCCCACCACCACACGACGAACAGCACACGAAAUCCACAUUUGUACAGUCAGUAUUUAACGCCAUGAAUGUGCUUAUUGGUGUCGGCAUCCUAGCUUUUCCUCUGGCGUUUCGAUACGCUGGAUGGCUGAUCGGUUCAGCGAUUUUUAUCUUUUGUGCCAUCGGUACCAACUACACAGCCAAAAUGCUAGCGCGCAGUCUAGAUGCAGCGCCGGGUGCAUCGACCUACGGCGACAUGGGUAAUGCUGCAUUCGGAGAGCGCGGACGUGCAUUUAUUGGAGGGCUGUUUUAUGUAGAACUAGCCACCAUGGGUGUAGCGAUGGUGACCUUGCUAGGCGAUGGUCUCCAGGCACUUUAUCCAUCUUUGGACUUUGUGACUUCACGGAUACUGUGUUUCUGCUUAAUGGCACCGUUUGAAUUCCUAUCACUGCGCAAGCUGUCUGUGGCAAGCUUGUUUGGUAUCAUCAGCUGUGUCUUGCUCAUGGUCAUUGUUCUUUUUGACGGACUUUCCAAAACGACACAACCCGGAAGUCUUUGGGACCCCAUGGAAACUGAGCUGCUGCCAUCGGAUCCGUCACGGAUCCCCCUGAGCUUUGGACUGAUGAUGGCGGGCUUUGCUGGUCAUGCAGUGUUUCCGGCCAUUUACCGCGACAUGGAGAAUCCCAAAAAGUACGAUCAGAUGGUCGACAUCACUUACGUCUUGACAAUUUUUGUGUAUGCGCUCAUGGCUGUGUCGGGCUACCUAAUGUUUGGAUCGGAAACUAUGCAAGAGAUCACACAAAACUUGGCCGUUACCGAUGGAUACUACAAGAUUUUCAACAGCGUGGCCCUCUGGCUAGUGGUGAUUACGCCUAUCGCCAAAUUCGCAUUGAUCAUGAAUCCACUCAAUGUUGCCUGUGAAUUAUGGUUGCAAGCACGUCCUCGUAUCGACGCAUGGCUGUCCUGCUCCUCCUGGCUUCGCCAAGCUCUAUUCACCACCAUCGUCCGUCUAUCUGUUACCACAAUCCUGGUCUACAUUGCCCUUAUAUUUCCGGGAUUCGAUCGGGUCAUGUCACUCUUGGGCGCACUGUUCAGUUUUGGCAUUUCAGUGAUUUUCCCCUUGAUGUGUUACGAACGCCUUUAUACGCACAGCAUUUCGAAUGCCCGAUCCUGUCUUAAUAUAGGCAUCCUUGCGAUAGCCAUAAGCAUGGCGGCAGUGGGGACAGCAUGGAGUUUCUUGCCAUAUGCGUGAAAAGAAGGUGAUAUAGCCCAAACAUGCAUCUAGAAGAAGUCCUAUUUUUCACAUGUAAAUUGCAUCAGUCAUCUUCAACUCCACAGCAUUACCGUUUCUGUUGGCCCAAGUUAUACUACUUCCUCCUCCCCCCCUUCCAUCUUAUACAUUUCAAGGGUCGGAUAACCCUCUUUGAACUCAGCAAUUUCUAUUCGGAUCGUCCGAUUUUUUUUUGUCCUUUUAAUACCUUGCUUAUUUUUGUAUGCACGAAUCCUUCUUAUAUCAAAUUUUGCCAUAGUCAUAAUGUGUGUCUGUUCCUCACAUAUUCAAUACAUAAAGCGAUUC